AUGACCGUAAAGCUCGAUAUUACCUUGUCAGUUAGGAAAACUUCCAAUGUGAAACAUAGCAAGAACCUUUCGGGCGAUUCCGAAAACCAGCCCACGGACGUGCUCUCAAAAGUUGUGCGCUUCCUACAGCAUCGCAGCCUCAACGACAUCACCGAGUUUCUUACCAAUCCCCGCCUCGACGAUCCAACCUACCUUACCACACUUGCUAUCGCACUAGCUUCCGUCAUCGUAACCAUGUCCUGGUUCUCUCGCACCGGCGGAAACUGGGGAGGACGCUUCUCGCCGUUCGGGCGUCCAGGCAACUCGCCAAACGCUGGCGUCGUCAAUGACUCCGAUUUCUCAUACAUCACGAACGAAGACCUACGAAGGAAUGGUCAGGCACAAGCACCCGAGAUCGUAGACUGGGACGACAAGAAUCCAGAGCGCGAAACAGAUGUACUCAUCUUCAAGAACGGGCGCACAAACUACCCUACACACUUUCCUGCGCACAGCAUACGGGAUGGAGAUCUGAAGAUUGGCACAGUGCGCCAAGCGGCCGCGAAGAAGCUGGGCGUCGAUGACCAUCGACGGAUACGCAUGUUUUACAAGGGUAGAAACCUCAAGUACGAUGAGCGGACCGGACGAGAGGAAGGGCUUCGCGGCGACGGAAGUGGUAGUGAGAUUCUGGUCACAGUCGGCGAGACACCAGUAGGCGGCCUAGCACCAGGCUCGGGCGAGGCAUCACAACGCGCAUACAGCGAAGGCGAAGAUGAGGAAGACGAUGAUGAAGAAGAUGUCGACUCCGGCGCGAAUACUACAGGCAAGAAGAAGUCCCGCAAGCGUGGCGGCAGGAAGGGCAAGAAGAAGCACGCUUCGUCUGCCAACGCAUCUGGUACCUCAACACCCGGCUAUACCACUGCCGGCGCCGGCGCGGAGUACCUCCCCAUCCCCUCGCAUAUCAACGCGGCCCCACGCCCAACCUCCGCUCCUCCCCUGAAUUCCAAACCCGCCGAGCCUCAGACCCCAAUCGGCAAACUCGAUGCCAUCGCUAGCAAGUUUCACACCGAAUUCGUACCUAUGUGUGUACAGUUCAUGGCUGGCCCACCAGAAGACAAAGCGAAGAGGACCUUCGAGUACAAGAAGCUGAGUGAGACCAUCUUGACACAGAUUAUCUUCAAGCUGGAUGGCGUCGAGACAGAGGGUGACCCAGACGCGAGGCUCAAGCGCAAGGCCCUCGUGAAAGAGGUCCAGGGUAUGUUGACGAGGCUGGACGAGGUUGGCAAAGCUGGCUAA